AUGAUAGACAUUGCUACCAUAAACGCUCUGAUGGUCUGGAAAGUGAAGAAUCCUCAAUGGAAUCAGAAUACAAAUCAUAAACGUCGAUUAUUUUUGGAAGAAUUAGGAUUAGCACUAGUAUCGCAUCUGUUGGAUUUUCGUUCGAAGAACUCGAAAUUUUUUAACACAAAUAUUCUAAAUGCUUUAGCAAUCGUCGGUUAUCCUGCGUCGAAGAACGAUCCGGCAGAAGCGAAUGAAAAUCCCACUCAACCAAAACGAAAAAGGUGCUCCAUUUGUGAACGUUCUACAGACAAGAAAACAUCAAUUCAAUGUUUCAGUUGUUCUUCGUUCGUUUGUAGUGAUCAUUCUGUCAAACGUGUCUUUUGUAUUAAUUGUUCUAAAUAA